CCUCAAUCAGAAACACAGGGAGGAAGGAAACAAAACAGUCUUCUGUGGCUUGACGUCCUAGCUGAAAGGCAAAGGCAUAAAACAAAAGCAGCAAGCUAAAGCACCAACGCCUGACUCAGUGAACAUUUCAUGCAGUUUAUUGUUUAGUUAUUUUUCUUUUAUUUUUGUUCCUCUGUUUUUUUGGAGAAGGGGAGUAACUCUUAGUCUCUUAGCCUUGAUGGCUUUGCCUGACACCACACGAGGAUUGCCUAAUGGGGGAGGUGGUGGAGGUGGCUGCACUGGAGGUAAAGCCUUGGAACCGUUGUUUCCUGAGAUUGUGGAGCUAAAUGUUGGCGGACAGGUGUAUGUGACCCGUCACACUACUCUUGUAUCAGUUCCAGAUUCUCUUCUGUGGCGUAUGUUUUCCCAACAGAAACCAGUGGAACUGGCACGGGACAGUAAGGGACGUUUCUUUCUUGACCGUGAUGGUUUCUUAUUUCGCUAUGUGUUGGAUUACCUGCGAGACCUACAGCUUGUACUGCCAGACUACUUUCCAGAGAGAAGUCGGCUACAAAGAGAAGCCGAGCACUUUCAAUUGCCUGAACUAGUAAAGCGCCUGAAUCCUCUUCGUGUCAGUAAAGAUAGCUCGAUUGGUGGAGAAGAACCUCCUUUGCUCCUUACCCCUGCAGCCAAUCAGGAUUCUGACUUAGACACAGCCAUCAUUCCAUCAUCUUCACCAGCAGCUGGAGUGCCCUCUCCAACUUUAGAUCCAUAUCGCUUCAAUGCCUCUUCUUCUUGCAGUCCAGCCUCAGUCCCACGUCUGACUCCGUCACAAUCUCUGGAGGGUAGAAGAUCUGGUUAUAUAACAGUUGGCUAUCGAGGUUCCUACACCAUAGGACGUGAGGCACAGGCUGAUGCCAAGUUCCGAAGGGUUGCCCGUAUCACUGUCUGUGGCAAAACCUCCCUCGCCAAAGAAGUUUUUGGAGAAACCUUGAAUGAAAGUAGAGAUCCUGACAGGCCUCCUGAGCGGUACACAUCUAGAUACUACCUCAAGUUCAACUUUCUGGAACAAGCCUUUGACAAGCUAUCUGAAGCUGGCUUCCAUAUGGUGGCAUGUAGUUCCACUGGAACAUGCGCUUUUGCCAGUAAUGAUCAGAGUGAGGACAAAGUCUGGACCAGCUAUACUGAGUAUGUUUUUUGCAGGGACUGAAGUGAGGCCAUAUGUAGAAAAAUGCAAUGAAAAUUCAAGAAUUAACUAUUGUCAAUAUUUUACCUUUUCAUUUCCCAAUAAAAAAAGAAAAAAGCAAAAACAUUUUCAUCUUAAGGAUAAAAUUACACUUAAAGUGUAAGUGGAGCUAGUGGAUCAGUUCCAUCAUUUGACACAACUAUAAUCUUAUAAGAAACUAUAUCCUGAAUAGCAGUGCACCUACAAAACUAAAGUUCAGUGAGUCAUACGAACUUCUGCUUUAGAUUGUUUAGUAAUCUCUUGCGUUACAAUCUGCCAUCUUGCAAAACAGAACUGACGAUCUUUCAUGAACUGCUCAAGAGGGUCGAUAGAAAAACAAAGAAGCCUCCUUCACGCUGGAAUGUGUCUGUAUGAGACUUGCCUAUUCACCCUGAGCAGCUUCAAAAUUUGCCAUGGUUGUGGAAAGCUUCAAAAUAUCAAAGACUAUUUUAUUCUUUUUCCCCCCAAAGUGUUUAAAAUGACUGAUGUGCAGACUGCUAUAAGCAGAAAUGAAGAUAAGUAUCACCCAUUGCAGCAUAACGUAAAACGAACCAUAUGCUCAUUCUUUCAACUGGGAGAAAAAUCCUGUGUUAUUGUUAACUGCAGUUUAUCUGUCUUCAUUCCUAAACUCAGCUAUAAACACCUUGAGAAAGCUCUCUUUAGUUAUUAUGUUGGGGGGAAAAAAAAUUAUCUUUAAUUUAGGAAAAAUGUACACUAAUAGAUGAGAUUGUGUUAUUCAGUUUCAAACCGGUUGUACUUUUACAUUAUAUUCCAUAUCUUGCAUAAACUGGUAAGACAAAAGUACAUGAGUACUUUUUAGCAACCACCUGAUGUAAAUCAUAAAAAAAAAAAGAAUAUUGUGCUUUUAUAUUAAAUGUCAUAUUUUUCUUAUUUGAAAUGUAUAAAUAUAUAUCUAUAUAUAAAUUCAGAACAUUUUAAUUGUACUUAUCCUCAUUCUGUUAUGAGUGACAAAGUGUAGAGGCAAAUUUAGGAAUAUGCAUUUAUUUUUCUGGGAUAAGAUAAAGCUUUUUGCAAUAAACUGUCAUAGCGGGCAUCGUUUCAUACAUAGUCUAGCCUUCCGUAGAGAGCUGAUGAGAUAUAAAUUACUUUUGUCACUGUUCAUUUUGAGAAGUUAAUUGAAGCAUAAUAAGGGCUUAUUAGCAGACUGGCUGUAGAUCAGUUAAAGUAGAUAGGAUUGCUAAAUACACACCUUUUUAAUAACGAACGAUAAGAAUACCUUCUUCUGGUUCUAUAUUUGUUAUGCCCCAUUCGUUGGCAUAGAGCUGAAAGUCGACUAAUGAAGGUGAUUCAAUGCAUACAGUCUUUUCUUGUGUCUUCUCGGUCUUGUAACAAUUGAACUUACCUAGCAAAGCAAUUCCAUUCCAAAAUGUGGAGAACAAGUCUGUCAGUUUCCAUAGAGAUUUCUUGUUACUUAGCAGUUUGCCCCAAAAUUUCACCUUUUUUUUUUAUUAUCAAUGUGGCCUAUAUUUCUAAGUGUA